UGACUCCUGUGAAAUUGAGUCACCAUGCGCGCACGCUAUGGUGAUACUUCGGUGAACAUCGACUUUAGCUGCGACGGCUGGGUGAAACCUCUUGGCUUAGCCGAUCAUAGUUCAAGUGACAUUCGUAACGUGAAGUCCUAAUGUGUUUUUGAAGUUUUGUAGAUAGGAACUCCUUAAGAAAAAUGGACUAAUAUUUGUGUACUUUUUGACAAAAAUGAAAACAAGCAGUAUGAAACUUUGUGCAUUUUGUUGAUGGUGAUUUUUGCAGGAAUUGUUACCUUGGUUACACACAACUUACAAUGAAUCUACAGGCCUUUGAGAUGUUGUGAGAAAAAGAUUUGCAGACGAACGAUGGAGAUGCUGACGCUUCUAGUAACCCUACUACUUCCGGUGUCCGUCGCCGCCGUAUCAUGCCCGCGCUCGUGCGACUGCGGUCACGUGACCGCUCCCAGUGCCGGCGGAAGUAUGCUGGAGAUCCGAUGCUUUGUCUGGGACAUGGCGGACUUAGAUACCCACGCGCUGGCGGAAAUGAAGGAGGACUACGCACUGAAAGUAUCCUGUGAUUCCGCGCUGCCAACGGACCUUAAUAACCACGCUCUAGGGUUUAACUCCAACAUCUGUUCACUGACCUUACAGAAUUGUAAAUUGUCGUUUAUCUUCAAACAGGCGUUUUAUGGCCUGAAACGCUUGGAGCUCCUCGCCGUCCACGACGCAUCAAAUCACCACUUGCAGCUACAUCCGGAAUCCCUUGACUAUGUGGAUAAACUAACACAUCUGGAAUUAACCGGAAGUGGAAUUCUGAAGGUGCCGACACUUUGUGCCCUACGAAAUUUGGAGUCCCUGAAUAUUUCCGGAAAUUCGCUAAUUUCUCUUACAAUGGCGGGCCUAAACUGCACGGAAGGAGAUCUUAUGAAUCUCAAAACUCUCGAUAUAUCGAACAAUUAUUUCCUGAACCUGAAUGAAUUCAUAAUACACGGAAAAGCCUUUAGCUCAGUUGAAAUAUUUCAAGCCAAAGAUAAUAGUAUCAAAUUGGAGCCAAAUUUCAACGUUAUGACAAACUUUCGUAAGCUUCGAGUCCUGAGUUUAUCAAAUAACAACAUUACCGAGGUACCCGAUUCGUUUCUACAUAGUUGUAAGGAAAUACAAGAAGUUGACAUGUCUAGUAACAACAUUUCUCAAAUUCCAACAGACUUGUUUAUAAACUCCCAGAAAUUAUUGAUGCUAACAUUGCGCGACAACGAACUGUCGGACGGUAUUUGGAAAAGUCUAACUCACCAGAAUGGACUCCUGCAUUUAGACCUUACCAACAAUCAUCUGACAGCAAUAAACCAGACGACACUUAGAAAUUUACCGGAAGUGAUACACCUGUUGCUAGGCGGGAACUCGAUAGAAACCAUCCCCGAACACGUGUUUCAAAACAAUCAGCGUCUCCAGGCGCUUGACCUUGCACGGAAUAGUAUAAUGACGAUCGACAAGGAUGCGUUUGCUGGACUUUUGUCCUUGAAUCGUCUUUACCUUCAAGAAAAUCAUAUUUACAGUGCAAACCCUGAUUUUCUAUCCCAUAUGAAUAACUUAAAACGUUUGAACAUUUCUCACAAUUAUUUUUCGGAUUUACCAUCGCUUAAACUGCUGGGUUUCUUGGAAAAUCUCGACGCCAGUAGAAAUAAUAUCGAACAACUAUCAGAGGAAACAUUCAUCGCACAAGUCAAUACAAGAGAUAUAAAUCUAUCAAACAACCGUCUUUCUCGGCUGUCGGACUCCAUUUUCUUGUCAUGUAAUUCACUGGAAAACCUAGACCUAUCGAAUAAUUUGAUACAUUUUCUACACCCGUCAAUUUUUAUGAAUCUUGGCAUCAAAACGUUAUUUCUGCAAGGGAACAAAAUUGAAUCGAUUGGAAAGACGUUUUCUUACAUGGAAAAGCUCCACGAACUUAACUUAAGCAGCAAUCAAAUCAGCGACACCCUCCAGCGACGGACGUUUCCGGGACGCAUCGAAAUGCUUGACCUUUCUGAUAACCGACUGGAGGUCAUACGCCCGCACGCCUUUGAUAACCUUGACAAUAUAAGAGUCGUAGACCUCCGUUUUAAUCAAAUAACCACACUUCAACCGGAAGCGCUUCGCAUCUCAACAAGCAGAUUUUCUCAGACAGGGUUCCUCUUGAGCGACAACCCCUUUGUGUGCGACUGCACGUUGCUAUGGUUACGGAAGUGGGACCAGUCCACGGAGGGUCCGCUUAUUGUGGGCCUUAACACGACUCGCUGCGUCGCCCCGCCAAACGUCUCCGGUCGCCGACUUACUUAUGUUCCUCCAGACGAGUUCCUGUGCAAAUACACGAGCAUCUGCAAACCCUCAUGCACGUGCUGUGCGUUUGAGGCCUGUGACUGCAAGUACACGUGUCCUGAGGGAUGCGAAUGUUUCCAUAGUUCGGAUUACACGUCAUCACACAUAAUUCGAUGCAAUACGAAAAACGUGACGUCAAUCGCGCGAUUCAUUCCGAGAGUUACAACGUUGCUCGACUACAGCGGAAGUGACAUUGAUCACGUGCCACUUGACGUUUUUAUGCUCAUGGACAGACUACAAGUUCUCAUGUUAAACCAUACAAAACUUUCAUACUUACAAGCCGGUUCAUUUAAUGGACUAACACACUUGAAAAAGAUGUUCCUGAAUAACAAUAAACUCAAGUUCAUAAGUAGCGGUGUAUUUGACGGCCUGACGUCAUUGCAAGAACUGUAUUUAGAUAACAAUGAGUUGACGUCAGUUACAGACGGAUUAUUAGACGGUUUGACGUCGCUUCGAAAAUUGACGUUAGGUCAUAACUAUUUUCAGUUUAUGACGGACUAUCUUUCAAAGCUCGUUUUUCAAAUGGAUGUAUCGCUGGAAAACGUGCGUUGGGUUUGCAACUGUAUCCUCUAUUUCACAGCGCGUGAAAAACCGGCAACUUUUGUCGCAGGAAUACGGCUUAAACGGAAUGUGGUUCCUGGCAUCACGUGUGCUGAAUUAAAUGAAGAAAAUGGGCUUAAUAAAGAAAUUAUGCUUCGAGAUCAUUCCCCUAAAUGUAGUCAAAACUUUAAUCCUUACUCAUUUAAAGCAUCCGAUGAACCGGUUUCAGACGCACCACGGAACGAAAGCAUCCGCAUAGAAAAUAGUUCUGGAGACAAAAUACCCCCUUCGCGGAAUAACGACAUAAUUCGUCAAGAAAUGACGUCAGACAGUGAUGACGACAGAUUAAAAUUAUUCCUACCAGCAAUUGUUGCGGGAACAGUGGUGUUUAUUGUUAUAAUUCUUUUAGCGUGUAGACAUGAACUGAUAAAUUGUUGGUUAUAUACGAAGUUCCGGUGUAAUAAUGAUGACUUUGAAAUGGUUUACGAUAAGGCGCGCCCCUACGACGCGUUUGUUGUGUACCAUCCGAUGGACGAAGUAACUGUUCAAAGAGAGUUGGCGAUCCGCUUAGAACACGGACGGCCGCGUUACCGCUUGCAGCUGCAGCACCGCGACCGGCCACCGGAAAUGUCAGAUCUUACGUACAUAGAAAACAGCGUUAAGGCAAGUUGUAGGACAAUCAUUGUACUUUCCGGUGAAUUUAUUGUAGAUAAUUCCUUACUUAAGUGUGUAACACAUUGCGUGAGACAGGACUCACUAAACAGACUUAUAACAAUAAAUCUUGGCAAGAUAGACCCAGCAAAUCUUGACCCGGUUUUGCAGGCGCACUUCCGGCGCGGUAAGCAUAUGCUCUUUGGAGAGACUUGGUUCUGGGAUAAGUUGAUAUAUUGUCUUCCGGUGCCGGGUGUCACGGACCGUGAUGCUAGAGCGGGGGCGCAUCCCUACGCCACCGCGGACGCUCCGGGCCACAAUUCUGCCAUGAUGGAUAAUCGUGCCUACGAGGAACCGCUUUCACCGGGAAGGCGGAUGGCGCGGGAGCCUCAAGGCGGCACCGAAUACAAUAUGCCGUCCAUGAGCGGAUACGGAUAUGGUGGUUCCGAAUACAGUGGUAUCUACGAGGAGAUCCCUGAUCCGCCGACGGAUAUGACGUCAGUAAAGUACGCCAUUCCGUGGAACGAGGCAGAUUUAAAACAGAACGUACAAACACUUACCCGUUCCACUUUAGGGCGUUCAGAAUCGCGACCGGAGGCUCCAACUGCUGCCCUACCGGAUAUUCCAAACACUUCCGCCAGCCAGAGCGUUUAAAGUUUUAAGUGACAUUUUUUGCAAAGAAUUCAUUUGACAUAUGUAUGUAAAAUAUUUAGGGCUUAAACAUUUUUAUAAAAUAAUGUAAAUACUCAAUUUGGUGCUCAUAUAUUAUGUGUAUUAAUUGUAAUACAAUACUUUUCUUUAUAUUAAUUGUAUAUGCAUAAUGUAUGUUUUUAAGUUAUAUAUUUUUCAUUUUCAUUUCCAUGCACAAACUGUUAUUACAUCAUAGCAACAUCAUUCAAUCAAGAAUCUUGGACCAUUGUAUUGUGAAUAGAUCACCUCUUAAAAUGUAUCAUUUUAUAUUAAUACGUAAAGUGACACUCUUAUUUAAAAGCAUAAGUUUUGAGUGAUAACCCUUAGCUACAUAUUUGAUAAUAAUGCAUUUAUGGAAAAUAUUAAUAACUGAUAACAAGAUUAAAACCGUGUAUUUAAAAGCAAAAAAUAUUAAAUAAUUGGUGAGGGCUAAAAGAUUUACUGUGAUCUACCAUCGUCCCAUUAGGUAGAAACACCGUGUUUUCUUCGCCUUUCUUUCAAUUUAAAGUGACACUCUUAUUCAAAAUCAAUGCAUAAAAACAUGUAUAACAAAUAUCAGUUUUGACUGACAAACCUUUAACUACUUACUAAUUAAUACAUUUAUGGAAAAUAUUAAUUACUGAUAACAACAUUGUAACAGUGUAUUUAAUAGCAGAUAGCGCCAAAAAUAUUAAAUGAUUGGUGAAUGCUUAAAGAUUUACUGUGGUCUACUAUAUUCUCGUAAGGUUGAAAUAUCGUGUUUUAUGCUCAUUUAUUUCAAAUUUAACUAGGUAAAUCUUAUUUGGGAGUAAGAGUGCAUCUUUAAGACCAAAGAUUAAGAUCAAGGUAUAUUGGUAACAGUACAAUUUUAUUCGGAUUCCUUUUGAAUUAUAAUUUAAAAUUUAAGUUGUGGUUAAAGCUUGUUUGUAUGUACUAAUAAAAGUACAUGGGUAAGUAUGAUUCGCAUAACCAUUUAUUUUGUGUAAGUACAUUCUUACAAUCUUAAGUGUUUAAGUGGUCUACAUAAAGUUGCGAAAGGGCCAGCCACUGUUUAUAUGUACCGCUUCACGAGUUUAAAAUCAAUAACGACUGACUGCUUAUUUACUGAACUAAAUGUAUUGGAAAACUUUAGAAUUGCUGCCUUCUUUAUGGACAAAAUAUAAUUUGGACCACUUCGAGUAACUUUAACGAGAAAUACAGAAAACGAGACUGAGAAUCAGGAUAUAUCACACAUCAAGUAAUCAAAUUUUCGGAUUAAUGAAAAAUUGUGAAGAUUGUGAAAUACGUUGAAUUUAUACUACUAAUAGCUUACAUUUAUCUUAUUAUUCCUUUAGUAUUCCCUGUUAAAAGAGCUACGUGUCCCUCUAAAACACAUAAAGUGCAUUUUAUCUUCAUUUUGAGUACAAUUCUAGUCAUUUACAAGUUUCUAUGCUAAAUUAUUUGUAAACUGUAUACUAUAUCCUCUACAUUGCCAUAUUUUGUAAAUGAAUUUAUCAUGCUUUAAUACUGUUCUUUUGUGAAUACUGUGCAGUUUAUGACAUUAAAUGUCUAAACGUUGA